CGGAUACGAAAAUCGAAAAUAUUUCGAAAAAAAAGAUUAUCAACAUAUUCAAUUUUUAUAUAUUUAUAUUUUUAGAUGGCAGUUAUAAUUCCUUAUCGAGACAGAAAAAGUCAUUUGGUUCGUUUAUUGGAUUUUUUGAUACCUCUACUUAAAAGGCAAUUUCUCGAUUUUCGAUUUAUUGUUACUGAACAGAAUGGUGACAAUCUCUUCAACAAAGGACGUAUAAUGAAUGCCGCCUUUUUAUUUGCCCAACAAAAAUUAAAUGUAAAUUGUGUUGUCUUUCACGAUGUUGAUAUGUUUCCACAAGAUGAUAGAACACCUUAUGAAUGUCCAAUAAUUAAUGAACCUAGACAUUUGGGAGCAUUUGUCUCUUCUUUGGGAUAUCAGUUGUGGUAUAAAGAAAUUGUUGGCGGUGCCCUGGCUAUAAACAUAAACGAUUAUUUACAGGUAAAUGGCUUUUCAAAUAGCUAUUGGGCUUGGGGAGGUGAAGAUGAUGAUAUGGGCAAAAGAAUAUUAUCAAAUAAUUUUACAAUUGGAAGGCCAAACAGCGAAUAUGUUCGUUUUUCAAUGCUCAAACAUGUUAAAAGGAAACGGGUUCAGCCUAAACUUGUGUAUAAAUUAUUGGAAGAAGCCGAAAAGAGAAUGGCAACUGAUGGUAUAAAUGAAGAGGGGAAAUGGAGGAUAUUAAAGGUAGAUAUUCGUCCACUUUAUUAUCAUUUAAUUGUUGAUGUUGGUGAUCCACCCAGUGAUUGGAAUACAAAAUAAAAACAACAACAAACAAAUUAAUUUUUCUUUCAACCUUUUCUCUUCUCUUAGAAAAAAUAAAUUUAAGCAUCAUAUAUACUCGUCAAACAACAAAUAAAAUUAAAAUAUUUUUAGGUAAAUUGUUUUGUUGUUAUUUUUCUUCAAAAUAUUCUUUUUGUUCUCUAUUUUGGAUGUGUUUAAAGUUUUUCUAGUCUCUAUCAUCGUCCAACCAUCAAAACCCUUAAAGAAGAAAAUCCUAAAAUCCCUGCAAUUUAGCUCAUAUAUCCCCAUGGACUGAUUCCGGGGCAUUCGCUUCAGCUCUAUUAAUCUAUUAAUCACUGACCAUUUUGUACAUCUUAAACAAAAAAAUGACGGGACUAAAUGGGACUGGCACACCCUAAUUAUGUUCUAUAUUAGUGUUGUCGGGUAGAUUUUAGGUUUGGUUUAGAAUUAACAGAAAAGAUUUAGGCGAGGAAUUUGCUGAAACCGACAAUCCUAUUCUAUCAUAAAGCUAAUCAAAACCAAAGAAAAUUUUUUAAAGUUUUAAAACUUAGACACAUCCCUAAAGAAACAAUUUCCCUCCAAUUAAAAUUGC